AUCUUUCCUCGGGACUCAAAACUCUCCAUGUCAUAUAUGAGCUCAUUCCUUGAUUGAGACGGUAAUCUACUUUCUUUGUUGAUGUUUUGAGGCGUAUGCUGACCAUAUGAACAUAUCAUAGAUUGUGAGCUUCCGAGGUCGUACAAGGCAUGAUUUUUGCAAGGAGAUUCAUCUACCAACUAAGAUAUAGCUUUAAUAAAAUGUCUGAGAGUGUUCAAAAUGGCAAGCCUAUCCCCAAACGUCCAGGGGUUGGACUUGGGGUCCUUUUGACAGAUUCCUCCAAUCCAGGUAGUGUCCUGUUAGGAAAGAGGAAAAGCAUAGUUGGGAAAGGUACUUACCAAUUACCAGGAGGUCACAUUGAAUUUGGAGAGACUUGGGAGGAGUGUGCCCAGAGAGAGGUGAUGGAGGAAGUAGGCGUCCGUCUGAAGAACAUCCACUAUGCAUCUGUGGUCAACUCCAUCAGAAUGGAGGAAAACUACCAUUAUGUCACAAUCUUCAUGCAGGGAGAACUGGACAGGUCCUUCUCAGCUGAACCAGUUAAUGUGGAGCCAGAGAAAAAUGAAGGUUGGACAUGGAGACGAUGGGAGGAGUUUCCCCCGGAAGACCAGCUUUUCUUGCCAUUGGCCAAUCUGAGACAACAGGGUUUCCAGCCAUUCAGAAAGAGUUAAAGGGAUUUGUUUAGUAAUCAAGAGACGUCUUACACCUGAUUCAGGAUCAGUUGAACAGUGCUUAUCUAUCACCUUAGCCCUGGUGAAAAAAUGUAAAGUGCCCUAGGCUUAUGUAGUGAGAUGGUAAUACUUCCUGAUUGACAGUUAGAUCUAUUGCAGUGAUUCACCUAUCACAUUCAUUUCCAAGAAUUUGUUUUAUUGCACACGCUCAUGUACUAUAUUAUAGCUAUCAUUCAUAAAUGCACAAGGCUUAUCAGUUGUAUUUAUUUAUCAGUCAUAUGUAUCAAGUAAUGACUGUAUUGUUUUAAGUUAUUGUCUUAAAGAAUGCUUCUGGCAUAAUUGACAGCAUAAAGACUUUUCCUGGGUAAUCCCACUGUAAUGCUUUCUUAACAUUUUCCAUGUCCCACCUGCACUCAAAUCAGCAUGACCAGGUAUUACAUUUUAU